GCAGCUCUGGAGGAUGCAGCGGGGUGGAUGGAGGAGGAGGAGGAGGUGAUAGACUAGAAGGCGGAGAACAGAAUGAACGGGUCGGGAAAGGGCGAAGGAUGCGGAUUACGGUAGCUCGCCGGCCGGCCAGCCUACCCACCGACGAUGGUCUCGGUCGUUCGACGUGAGGAUGUGCGGAGAAAACGACACGGGGCCUGCGGUUUGUUGAUAACACGGCGCGCGGAGGGAGAACCUGUGAUUUACGCGUCGCCUCAAAUUAUCCGUGACACCAACGGUUCCCUGGCUUAACCGUUGGGGUUGAUUUUUUUGAAUUUACACGUUACUUUGUCGUGGUGUCUUCUCCACAAGUUAACGUCAAGAGCAAAAACACAGCGACCCCGUCCUUCUUCAUAUUUGUGCUUCAACUGCCAACAUGUUUUUAGCCGUCAUUUUAGCAUCAUCGCCACCUGAUCUCUUCGGCUCCGCCGCCGCGCGCUGGAUGUCAAACUGAACGCGGGGCGCCGUUAAGUCAAAACCAAAAAAAAAAACAACAACCAAAAAUACAACUUUAUCGCGUCUCAGCAUGGAGGCGUCGACGUUACCGGCUCGCUGGCUGACGAGUCUUCUCAUAUGGACGACUUUGUGUUGGCUCGGUAGCGGUCAAUCCGCGCCGGACGCCUCGGGCCUGCCUCUCGCCAUCCGCGUGCCACUGCGGCAAGGCGCCCGCGCUGAGCAGUCAUCGCCGCCGCUGCCACCUGCCGCUGCCGCAUCCGCUACAGCAGCAGCAGCAGCGGCUUUGAGGAUCGAACGCGGCAACGCGGGGAGGUAUCCUGCGCGCAGGCGGAGAGGAGCGGCAGCGGGCGGUAUCAGCUUCGUGGACAUGAUCGAUAACCUGCGUGGGAAGUCCGGACAGGGAUACUACGUGGAAAUGGCGGUGGGCUCUCCUCCGCAGAAGUUGAACAUCCUGGUGGAUACAGGAAGCAGUAACUUUGCUGUCGGGGCGGCUGCUCAUCCUUUUCUGCGGAGAUACUACCAUCGUUCACUCUCCAGCUCGUACCGUGACCUCGGUAGGAGCGUGUACGUACCUUAUACCCAGGGCCGCUGGGAAGGCGAACUGGGCACCGACCUGGUCUCCGUCCCGCACGGCCCCAACGCCACGCUGCGCGCCAACAUUGCCGCCAUCACCCAGUCCGAUCGCUUCUUCAUCAAUGGGUCCAACUGGGAGGGAAUCCUGGGUCUGGCCUACGCUGAUAUAGCCCGGCCUGACGAGACAUUAGAGCCUUUCUUCGACUCCCUGGUUCGUCAGACUCCCGUCCCCAACCUCUUCUCCCUUCAGCUGUGUGGAGCCGGCUUCACCCAAAACUACUCCCUGGGCAGCGCUACUGUCGGCGGCAGCAUGAUUAUCGGAGGCGUGGACUCGUCGCUGUACGUCGGAGAGCUGUGGUACACCCCCAUCCGAAGGGAAUGGUACUACGAGGUCAUUAUCGUACGAAUCGAGGUCAACGGACAGGAUCUCAACAUGGACUGUAAAGAGUACAACUACGAUAAGAGUAUCGUGGACAGUGGCACCACCAACCUGCGGCUGCCUAGAAAAGUCUUCCAGGCUGCAGUCAAGGCCAUUGAAGCUGCUUCUUCGACAGAACAGUUUCCCUCUGGGUUCUGGUUGGGGGAGCAGCUGGUAUGUUGGCAGGCUGGUACUACGCCCUGGCACAUCUUUCCGGUCAUAUCCUUGUACCUGAUGAGUGAAAACCGCAACCAGUCUUUCAGGAUCUCCAUCCUACCGCAGCAAUAUCUGCGGCCAGUAGAGGACGUGGCUUCAGCCCAGGAGGACUGCUACAAGUUUGCCGUGUCCCAGUCCAGCACCGGUACGGUGAUGGGGGCCGUCAUCAUGGAGGGUUUCUACGUGGUCUUCGAUCGUGAAAAGAAACGGAUCGGCUUCGCUGUCAGCACCUGCCACGUGCACGACGAGUUUCGCACAGCCUCGGUGGAGGGCCCGUUCCACGGCAUUGACCUGGAGGACUGCGGCUACAACAUCCCGCAGACGGACGAGUCCACCCUCAUGACCAUUGCCUACAUCAUGGCGGGAAUCUGCGCCCUCUUCAUGCUGCCGCUGUGUCUCAUGGUGUGCCAGUGGCGCUUCGCCCGCUGCCUCCACCCGCACGGGGACUUUGCCGAUGACAUAUCGCUCCUAAAGUGACGGGUGGAGAGGAUGUUGCAAAACGUUGGUGCUGCUGCCGGAGAUCUUUGAGAAGGUUUUUCAGGAAUAUAAUAUAUAAAGUUUAGUAAAUGCUGACGUACAGCGUGCGGGGAUAACUAGAGCCAUUACUAACUUGAAGGACAAACAAGAGAAAAGUCGUUAGCGUCGACUUUUAGUCACCUAUGCAGAUCAGCACGGGUAGAGGAAGAGAUGUGGGAAAAUAAAGUCAAAUGCGAAACAAAACGACAAAAAAAAUCUUGUCUUUUAUUAUAAAUAGUGUAUAAAUAGACCACAGAGAAGGAAUAAAGAGCAAACACAUGGGGAAAAUAAAGAAACUCGCAACUUGGAGGUGAAUAUGAGAUGUGCGAAAUCGCUGCUUCGUCGGCCGAUUUUAAACAUCUUGAACGUGUGUUUAUAGAUCUAUUGUUUGUGGCUUAUGAGUGAAUGAAACAAGCUGAUAAUGUGUGAGCAUGCCUGUACGUGUCAAGAGUAAACAGAAAGAUAUAACGAAAAAUGAUAACUAGCAUCUAUGAAAACGUACACUAUUUUGCAAAUGCCAGCAAUGAAUUACGCAAUGCAAGUGUAAAAGUAUAAAGAGGCUAAUUGGCCACUGAACACAGUCAAUAUCAGAUGUCACUUUUUCUUCUUACAUUGAUAGCUUCAAUCUAUUGUACAGAAAACACACACAGAGAAUAUACUUUGCUUAAUCUACUGCUGCACCGUCUGAUGAUUUGCACAUGUAACAACACAUUUACAUGUUAACAAACCAAGACUUUUAACAGGGCUUCUCCCACACCACACACAAACAGCCUAACUCACCACAUCUUUUAAAUGGGGACCCCAUAUGCUUGGAAACAAGGAAACCAGCCCAAAGUAUGUUAGUUAAACACUGAAGAACACUAUGUUAUGUCUACAAAGAGACUGUUUGUAUUGUCUCUCAGCAAAGCUGUAAAUAGAUGUAUAUUUAUCUGUCAGGCGCUGGCAGCACUGUUGAACCAAUAAAGUACUUAUUGUAACUGUAAAA